AUGGCGGCGCAGGCAGCUCUGAUUGCCGACACCAUUGUUGGUAUGAAGAGAGCCCUCCGCAAGGAGAAUGACUACUCUGGACCCGACGAUCCGAUCACUCAACCAACAAAUCGGGGUAAUAAACUACACACAAACUCGAACUUCGUCCGAGAAGGUGCUCUGGGUUACAUACAUCCGGAGGAGCUCUAUAAACAGAAAAUUGAACAUGCUGGAUACACGCGUUAUAUCCUCCAGCCUAAUCCCGUGCGCUAUGAUUCAGAAGGUGAUGAGUUGGACGAGGAUGACGAAGAUUCCGAAGCUGAUGCCGCUGCGGCGGCAGAAAAUCCAUUUUCGGAAAUUGCGCUUGAAAACUUCCUUUGCCCUCUAAAACACCCGUCCGAGCUCCCUACCCAUCCUUCCCUAUCGCACGCUUAUACGUCAAAGGCGCUGCUGCACAUGACGCAGGCAAUCGAAGCCAAACUCCGUCAAGAAAGAGCACUGCUGUGGCGGGCCAGGAAUCUACACCGGCAGUUUUUGGGAGACAGUUCUUGGAUGCCGUCUGGCGCAGUGGAGACGCCUGAAGACAGAUGGAUCUUUGAGCCCCGGAUAGCCCAUACGACACGUAGCUCACCUGGGAGUCAAUACAGACAUAACGGGGCCGCAAGUCCUUUGGUGCCAGUGCCUUCGGCUCAGAAAAGCAGUGUGCAAGGCGCGUCCGUGGGUGCAGGUGAAUCAAAGUCGCCUCAGCCUCCCCAGAAUGAGAAUGCUCAGGACAAAACUGCCGCAGAUAAGGACAUUGAGAUGACCGAUAUUCAUGACCAGGAGACGACGCACAAAGAAACCGUCACAAAUGCGCUUGAACAACCCCGAGAGCCGAAAUCAGAAGAAGUUGAUACCCCAGUUGGCGACCUGCCUCAUCAUUCAGAGACCAUCAAUCAAGCCAUACAAGUCAAUGGAAGCCUCACGGCAAACGCAAAGUCUAAUGGGGAUAAAGUGACAAACUCGGAUGGCACCUCGGACAAGGAUGGCAAGGAGCGCGAAGGUACCACAAUCCAGGGCAAUGCGCAGCCUGAUUCCGAAAUCCGAGACGAUGCACAGGUAGACGGGACGGAUGCGGAUGCAGAUGCAGAUGCAGAAAUGCAAGAUGGAUCAUCUCCCGAGCCACCUCGGCGCAUGACGACCCGGGCACAGGCUAAUGCAGCGAACCCACAGGAGGGCGAAUCUGGACCCCUCUCCCCGUCUCCUUCUGACGACACAUUAGGGAGUCUUCCGACACCCCAUCCUCUUUUCCUUAUACCGGACUCUGUUCGGCCAGAUUCGAACUUCGGUCUCCCGCCCAACGAAGCGGAAGAGACACGUCGACUGCUUUGGUCUUAUGUACAGAAGCAGGAGGAGACCGUUCGUGGAUUUGAGCAUAUGCUGGAGUCUCUGCUCCGGGCCAAUCGGAUGAAAGAGGAUGUGCUCGAGUGGUGCAAAGCGGAGGGGCACGUGGGCGAGAUGAGCGAUGGAGAAGACUGGUACGACCGGGAGAAAUGGGGCCUUGCCGAAGGAGAAGACCUUAAGAAGGGUGCUGAUGAGGAUGAAAUCGAACCGGUGGAGGAGAGCCGGACGUCGACCAAGAGAGGCCGAGGUCGACGGGCAUAG